GCUGCUCUCUGAUUCCUCUCUCCUCCCCCCGGGGGUUGGUGGAUCAGUUUUUGUACCGCGAUCUCCGGCUUCUCUUCUCCCCGGUGUGCUCCUGUCUUGUCCCCUGGCUGCCAUCACCCGAUGGGCUUGUCCCCUAGCAGUAGACUGUCCGCUUUGGAGCUCCUCUGAGAGUCGACGCCGCCUUCCGUACCCCCCGGCACCAUGAGGUCGAUGUUCCGGAGGUUCCUGCGGGUAUCUAACCGAUCCAUCCUCGCCUUCAUCUUCUUCUUCUCGCUCUCAUCCUCCUGCCUCUAUUUCAUCUAUGUGGCCCCCGGCAUAGCAAAUACCUACCUCUUCAUGGUGCAAGCUCAAGGCAUAAUGCUACGAGACAACGUUCGAACCAUCGGGCAUAUGCUGAGACAAUAUACCAAUAAAAAUGGUACACUAAAUGGAACAGACUACCCAGAUGGUACAAAUUCUACUGAUUUCACCGCACAGUCCACAAUGUAUCUGCCUGAAAACUUUACAUUCUCUCCAAACCUUCCUUGUCCGGAAAAGUUGCCGUUUAUGCGUGGGCCUACAGAUAUUAAUAUGAGUGAGAUCUCAUUAGAGGAAGUUCAUCAGAUGUUUGCCGAUAUGGGUAUUGGAGCUGGAGGACACUGGAAGCCCACAGACUGCACUCCUCGGUGGAAGGUAGCGAUCCUGAUUCCAUUCCGAAAUCGCCAUGAACACCUGCCGAUUUUCUUCCGCCACCUGAUACCCAUGCUGCAGAGACAGCGCUUAGAAUUUUCCUUCUAUGUCAUCGAACAGGCUGGCACUCAAACAUUUAAUCGAGCAAUGCUGUUUAAUGUUGGGUUUAAAGAAGCCAUGAAGGAUCGAAAAUGGGACUGUGUCGUCUUCCACGAUGUAGAUCACAUUCCUGAAAGCGACAGAAAUUAUUAUGGUUGUGGAGAAAUGCCACGCCAUUUUGCAACGAAACUUGACAAAUACAUGUACAUUCUACCAUACGACGAGUUCUUCGGAGGAGUGAGUGGUUUAACUGUGGAGCAGUUUAGAAAGAUCAAUGGAUUUCCCAACGCAUUCUGGGGAUGGGGAGGUGAAGACGAUGAUUUGUGGAACAGGGUGCAUUAUGGUGGCUUCAAUGUAUCAAGACCUGAUGGAGACCUUGGGAAGUACAGGUCGAUUCCUCACCAUCACAGAGGAGAGGUCCAAUUCUUGGGACGAUACAAAUUGCUACGAUAUUCUAAAGAACGUCAGUAUCUUGAUGGGUUAAAUAAUUUAAUAUAUGCCCCAAAUAUAAUUAUAGACAAGUUGUAUAAAAACAUCACUGUAAACCUUGUGCCAGAGCUGGCUCCGGUGAAAGACUACUAAUGGGAAUGCUCACUGUCCAACGUCAAUGGGAUGCCUAUCAGAAGAGGAACAAUAUUGCUAUGAAACUGAUGGACCACCUUCUACGUGAUACUAGUGACCGAUAUCAAAUUCCAAUUCUCUGAAUGUGUGACCAUGCAUUACGUCUCAAGCCAGCAGCUGCUAUAUCAAUGUUUACAGCAGAAGACUGCUCCUAAUGCAAGCCUUGUCUCACCAAAUGCUCUACACUUCCACCUUUCACUCCACUGUGCAGUGAAUUUAGUUCAUCACAGGUUUUGCUUUCUAUUUUUGCACCGAUAUACUGCUUUUUUUUUUUUUCAUUUAUGGCCUUAAAAAAAAAAAAAAACAGGCCUUUUUUUUAUUGUUUUUUUUUUUUGUAUUUGACAGGUGUAUAUGUUUAUGUAUAUAUCAGUUUGGUUUGUGUAAAUACAUUGGUAAUUUUUGUGUGUAUAUAUGUGUAGAUACAUUUAUGUAUACACAUAAUGGAUUGAUGUAAAA